CCCCGACCCGUUCGGCCGGUCCUGCCGGAGCCUCCCUGCCCCGAGCGCGGCCUUCGGCUCCGUCCUCCUCAGCGUUCUCCAGCCUCUACCAACCUACUUCAGCCGUCCUCAUCCUCCUGAGCCUCUUCAGCCUCUUCCAACCGUCCUCAGUCUCCUCCAGUCGUCCUCGUCCUCUUCAGCUGAGGACCUUCUCCAACCCUCUUCCAAACUUCCUCCAAUCUCCUCAUCCUUCUUCUAACCUUUUCAAUUCCUCCCUGCAGCCUCUUCAUCCCCCUCAGCCUCCUCCAACCCUCUUCCAACCUCCCCGACCUUCAUCCACUUUCCAACCUCUUUCCAAACUCCCCAUCUCCUUUCCCAGCUUCCAGCCUCCUCCCAAUCUUCUCCAGAUUACUUAUCCUCCAGCCGACCUCCUUUCCCACCUCCCACUUUCCAAGCUCUCCCCAGCCUCUUUUCCCACGUUCCCGUCUCCUCCGGCCCCGAUGUCUGUCUCCAUCCCCCGGCAGCCGCUCCGGAGCAGCUCGGCCGUUCCAGGACGUUCAUUCUCGUCCCGCUCCUUCACGGCUGCUCCAGCACUGAGGAUGAGCACAGCCCCGGCUUUCGGCCCUUACGGGGGGCUCCGUGGCGGCUCCGGGGGGCUCGGGGGUCCCUCGUGGGUCCCGGGGGCGGGCGGAGGGAUCACGGCCGUCACCAUCAACCGGAGUCUCCUGGCGCCGCUGGACGUGGCCGUGGAUCCAGAGCUGCAGGAGCUGCGGCGGGAGGAGAAGGAGCAGAUCAAGACCCUCAAUGAUAAAUUUGCCGCCUUCAUCGACAAGGUGCGGUUCCUGGAGCAACAGAACAAACUCCUGGAGACCAAGUGGGGGCUCCUGCGGGCACAGCCCCCACCCCGCAGCAGCCUGGGAGGGCUCCUUGAGGGCUAUGUGGGGACCCUGAGGCAGCAACUCGAGGGACUCGGGCAGGAGCGGCAGCGGCUGCGUGCAGAGCUCAGCCAUGUCCAGGGGCUCGUUGAGGAGUUCAAGGCCAAGUAUGAGGAGGAGAUCAACCACCGCACAGAAAAGGAGAAUGAGUUUGUCCUGCUCAAAAAGGAUGUGGAUGAAGCCUACAUGUCGAAGGUGGAGCUGGAAUCACACCUGGAGAGCCUCACAGAUGAGAUAAACUUCCUGCGGCAGCUCUAUGAGGAGGAGCUGCAGGAGCUGCGGACACAGGUGUCGGAGAUGGCCGUGGUGGUGUCCAUGGACAACAGCCGCCAGCUGGACAUGGCUGGGGUCCUGGCAGAUGUGCGGGCACAGUAUGAGGAUAUCGCUGGCCGCAGCCGUGCUGAGGCCGAAGGUCUCUACCAGGUUAAGUACGAAGAGCUGAAGACGGCAGCUGGGAAGCAGGGCGACGACCUGCGUCAGACCCGGAGCCAGAUCCAGGAGCUGAACCGGCGGAUCCAGCGGAUCCAGGCAGAGAUUGAGGCUCUGAAAAAUCAGCGCUCUGGGCUGGAGGCAGCAGUGGCGGAGGCCGAGGAACGCGGGGAGCUGGCACUGAGGGAUGCCCGGGCCAAGCUGGGGGGGCUGGAGGGGGCCCUGGCCCAGGCCAAGCAGGACCUGGCCCGGCAGCUCCGGGAAUACCAGGAGCUCAUGAAUGUCAAGCUGGCUCUGGACAUUGAGAUUGCAACCUACAGGAAGCUGCUGGAGGGCGAGGAGAGCAGGUGGGAAGCCCUGUUCCCAAAUCCUGGAUCCCUCAUCCCAUGGGCAUCCCACAUCCCAUUACCAUAUUUCACACCUGGUAUCCCAUGUUCCAUCUCAUAUCCCAUGGGCACCCUGGAUACCAUGAACAUCCCGUAUUCCAUGUCCCAUAUUCUGCAAGUAUCCCAUAUUCCAUGGGCAUUUCAUGUUCUGUACCCCAUAUACCAUGGACAUCCCAUAUCCCACAUUCCAUAUCCUGUGGGUAUCCCAUAUCCCAUGAACAUCCCAAAUCCCCCCACUUGACCAUGUCCCUUAUUC